AUGUCAGAUGGUAAUCAGCUUCAAUUUGUAAAUGUUAACAACUCAAGUGUUGACAAUAAUUUCAAGUGCAUCAGUUUCACAGAUCUCAGAUGGUAUUCAGAGGGUGCAAAAGAGAAUUAG